ACUAAAGUUAGACAAGGAAAUAUUAGUCGAUAGAAGACAAACUCAUAUAAACAAAAAAAAAGAUGGAAAGUUCUAAGCAAAAACAAUGUCAUUCUAGCGUAGUCGAGACCAUUGAAGCACCAUUGCCGCUAGUGUGGUCAAUACUACGUCAGUUCGACAAACCACAAGCUUACCAACGUUUCGUCAAAAGUUGCACUAUGCGCUCCGGCUCCUGCGAAGAAGGGGAAGGAAAAUGCUUAGUCCGGCAAGUGACGUUAGUCUCCGGCCUUUCAGCGGGUUUCAGCACGGAGAGGCUCGAUGAGCUUGACGAUGAGUCUCAUGUGAUGGUUGUUAGUAUCAUUGGUGGUAACCAUAUGCUUGCAAAUUUCAGAUCGAAGACAACGGUGGAUGCUUCGUCGGUGGAGAAGACGGUGGUGGUGGAGAGUUACGUGGUGGAUGUGCCGGAAGGAAAUAGUGAGGAAGAUACGAUAUAUGUUGUUGAUAACAUCAUUAGGUAUAACCUUUCAUCACUUGCUAAGCUCACAAAGGAGAUGAUGGGAUAAGAUAAUUAAGCUCUAUAACUAUAAAUCGUUGGAUUAGUCUUAUUUUUUAGCAUUAAAAUAAAUUGUUUUUAUAUCGUAUCCUUUUUUACGUCUUGUAUACAUGUUUUUUUCUCUCGUACUAUCUUCUGAGAACAUCGUGUUAGAAAUAAGAUGAAGAAUAAUUCAACAACA